AUGGAAAAGAGCCCAUUUUGUGACCCUAAUCUUGCUUCACAGAAAGCAACUUAUUCAGUGCUGCAAUCAAGAGCGUUACCUCAAAUUCCCAUACCAUCUUCCAGUCUUCAAGAUCUUCUUUGCAAAUAUCUGUUCAAUGAGGUCGACACGAAUAAGAAAUUAAGCAGAAUAAAACAGGGGACACGAUACAAUGAUACCAAAAAGCGGAGAAUAAAUGGCUUCAUCGCUUUUAGGUCCUUUUAUUCAAAAACUAUAAAAGGUACAUCUCAUCAAAAGGAAUUAUCUUCGAAAUUAGCCGCAAUAUGGAAGACCGAGCCGAACCACCAGACCUGGAAUUCUUACGCUUUACAGUACAAUGCAACUGGCGGAAAUGAAUCAUUUGUCAGUUGGUUGAAUCGUAAAUUAGGGUUUGACACUAAUAUCGAAGCCAAAAAGACUUUCAAGUCAUAUAAAAAUCUGACAUUGAAGAAUGUGGAAGAUGUUUUUUUCGAGGAUAUAAAUUACGAUUUAAAUGGCCAAACUUCUAACUAG